AUGCCGGCUGGGAAGCUGCUCGGUUUCCUCACCUCGGAGCGCAGCAUUGAGGCAAACCUGGAAAAGAUCAUGCCCAUCAAGCACAUGCGCAAGCCAGCCCGGCUGCACGAUGUCCAGAAGUUCACCAGCUGCUUGGCCUCGGUCAGCCGAUUUCUCAGCCGGCUGGGCAAGAGGGCCCUGCCCCUAUAUCAGCUGAUGAAGAAGAUGUCGCCGUUCGAGUGGAACGACCAAGCAAACAAAGCGUUCCGGGAUCUCAAGCGCAUGCUCUCCACCGCACCUGUCCUGGCUGCGCCAGCUGACAAGCAACCGCUGUUGCUAUACAUUGCUGCCACCUCGGGGCCGGUCAGCAUGGUGCUGGUGGUUGAGCGGCAAGAGAAGGUCAAGAUCCAGUCUAUCCAGCGUCUGGUCUACUACCUGAGCGAGGUUCUUUCCUCCUCCAAGCAGAACUACCCGCACUACCAGAAGAUGUGUUACAGCGUUUAUCUUACCGCCAAGAAGUUGAAGCACUCCAAGAUGCACUCUGGCUUGGGAGUCGGCAUCGUGUUGCCUUCCCCGAAGGGCGACCGGCUACGGUACGCGCUCCAAAUCCACUUCGCCACCUCCAACAACGUUGCCGAGUAUGAAGCCCUUGUGCAUGGCCUCCAGCUUGCCAAGGAACUCAGCAUCAGGCGCAUCCUUUGCUACGAUGACUCGGACCUGGUGGUGUAG